UCCUCAUCACGUGAUCUGGAAUCGCAGCAGAAAAACAGAUAUUGCUCGAGACAGAAAACUCCACAUAACUCCAAAGACAUGACGAUCACAGACGUCUCCCGUUGUACGAUGGAAGUUAUAGAAGUUGAGGAAUUCUUGCGGAACCCUCCGCCCGGUUUCACCGUAGAAGCUGGCUACCGAUUCGUGAAAAGCGAUCCUGAAAACUGCUGCGUGUUCAUCGAUGACUUCGAGUUAUCCAGAGGAGGAAAAGUAGUCUUCCAACACUCGCAGGGAAAGAAAAUCACAGUGCGCAAUUUGGGAGAUUACACUCGCUUCAGGAAGAACCUAACCUCAAAAAAGAUAUAUAUACUGGUGUCUGCAUGUGAAAGUAAACCAUCGACAGAUAAGAAAGCUCCCAAAAACAGAAGAGUGCUCCAGCAGUAUGUGGUGUCCAUUGAUGGCCGUAACCCUCUGAUCAAGUGGGAGAUUGAGAGAGGCCUGGACAGGACUAUCUCCUCUGUGGCUGGGGAGAGCUACAGGGUCGACAUUGACCUGUGUGAUGCGUUGCGUGGCUGGGCAGGGGAGAGUUUCUGUCUCCUAGGCAACAGAGAGAAGGUCACACCCGUGUGGAAGGAUACCUGCUUCACCCUGAAAUAUUACUCGGAUGCCCUCUUCGACUUCCCACACUGGCUCGGGUUCAGUAAACGCCAUUUCAAGAUCUCCUACCAUGGAAGAUGAGACCUCAGCAAGAAUCAAUAAUUACUAUUUGAUGGGCAAGAAGACUGGACAUGGGCCAAAUAUGAUCUAUUAUAUUGACAAGGUAGCCGAGUGACCACUCCUUAACAAUGGAAAUGCAUGUCCUCAAUGCUUGAAUGCAACUGAGGUCAGGUGGGACCAUACUAGCCAAUGAGAGGGCAGAUAUGUGUGUGAACAACAGGCACAACCAAGUCAUUUUUCGCAAAGCUGUCGGAAUGCCACCUGCAUCCACUUAUAUCAGUACAUUUGAAACAGUCUAAAAAUUACAAACUUCUAUUGAAAUCAAAUUAGCCCCAUGUAUUUCUACACUCAUAGACCUCCAUACAAAAAGGGUCUUAUCUCACACGGACAUAUUUAGGGCGGUAAAAUCCUCUCGCUUCGCCUCUUCCAAGGCCCAUGUUUCAGUGGACAGCGACACCUGUCAGUUGAAGUGAGAAGCUGGGAUACCUUCUGCCUGCUUAUGCAGGAUUCCACCACUGGGAGGAGCUGUUUAUCUGUAGACUGGAUCAUCUCGUUUAGUGUAAGACAUGGAUGGUCAGUUCAAUGCUGCUGCUUUGGGUUGAGAAUUUAACCCUCGGCUGCACUGUUAUGUCACUGGGAAGAUGGAGUGAGCCAGUCGGCAAGAAAGUAUUGAAAGAACAGGGCCUUCAGGAAGUAUUCACACCCCUUGACUUUUUCUAUAUUUUGUUGUGUUACAGCCUGAAUUUAAAAUGGAUUAAAUUGAGUAUUUGUUACUGACCUACACACAAUACCCCAUAAUGACAAAGUGGAAGGAUGUUUUUAGACAAUAAAAAAAAAAACAUUAAUUAAAAAAAAUAGUUUUAAGUAUUCAACCUCUUAUGGCAAGUCCUAAAUAAGUUCAGAAGUAAACAAUCCACAUAAUAAGUUUACAUGGAUUCACUGUGUACAAUGAUGGUGUUUAACAUGACUUUUGAAUGACUACCUCAUCUCUCUACCCAACACACAAUUCUCUGUAAUAUCCCUCAGUUGAGCAGUGAAUUUUAAAAAGAAUAAUGGGCAAAUGUUGCCCAUUUGCCCAUCACAUCAGGCGACGUGAUUUCUAGAACACCAGGCGACGUGAUUUCUAGAACACCAGGCGACGUGAUUUCUAGAACAUCAGGCGACGUGAUUUCUAGAACAUCAGGCGAUGUGAUUUCUAGAACAUCAGGCGACGUGAUUUCUAGAACAUCAGGCGACGUGAUUUCUAGAACAUCAGGCGACGUGAUUUCUAGAACAUCAGGCGACGUGAUUUCUAGAACAUUUGAAUGUAGAUGUUGAGAUGUUGUAUGCUCUUCAGAUGAAGGGUCACCUUGGACGGACUUUAGAAACUGUUCAAAUGUCAUUUAGAGGGAUAGCUGUGGCAUAUCAACAUAUUUUAUACAUUUUCAAUAGAAUUCAAUACUAUGUAGCUGUUGUGUUUUUAUUUCCCAGACAAAAAUAUUUUAAAAAUAAAGAAUAUAAAACAUGAAA